UUAGCUGAAGCAGUGAUUCUGCUGACACGGCACAAAGGCACUGGGUAAAGGAGGAAGAUCUCUGACAGAGGGAAGAGUUUGAAACGUGAAGGAUUUCACAAUCAGCUCGAGACACAAACUGACAAACGGAACUGUCCCAGAGACACAGAAUCAAACUGGUCCUGAUUGAAGAGACACAGCUGACAGAACACCCGAGAGGAGACUCCACAUUCGACUCAUUGGGAAAAUAAAACUUUGCAAACUCUCCGUCAGGAAGAAGCUGGACUCAACCACUGGGAGAACCACCUGUCGUCCUCCUGAAGCUCUGAAGUUUUUACACUUGUUGGACAGGAUUUCACUCCAUCAUCAUCCCUCCAUCAUCCCUCCUUCAUCAUCUCUCCUCCAUCAUCAUCCCUCCAUCAUCCCUCCAUCAUCCCUCCAUCAUCACCUCAACACCUCAUCCUUUCAUCAGUAGAAAAUGAGAAAGAUCAGCUCACCCAAAGACAAGUAUUUCGGAGUGUGGUUGAUCUUCUUCCUUCUCGGUUUGGGGACACUGUUGCCAUGGAACUUCUUCAUGACUGCGACCGUGUACUUCACCAGCCGUCUGAAGGACCCAUUGGUCGAGGCCUCAGCCAAUCAGACAGAGGCGGCCGGUGACCAUCGCAGUGUUCUGGAGGCCAAAUUCAACAACGUGAUGACGCUGUGCGCCAUGCUGCCGCUGCUGCUCUUCACCUGCCUCAACUCCUUCCUGCACACGAUUGUCUCUCAGCGAGUGCGUGUGAUGGGCAGUCUGCUCGUCAUCAUGGUCGUCUUCAUCGCCACCGCCAUCCUCGUCAAAGUUCCUCUGGAGCCGCUCACCUUCUUCUCUGUGACCAUGGUGAAGAUCGUCAUCAUCAACUCCUUCGGGGCCGUGCUGCAGGGCAGUCUGUUUGGAAUGGCCGCUCUGCUUCCAGCUUCUUACACGACUCCGAUCAUGAGCGGUCAGGGACUCGCUGGAACCUUCGCUGCCUUCGCCAUGAUCUGCUCCAUCGCAAGUGGAGCCGAACUUAAUGACGCAGCGUUCGGUUAUUUCAUCACCGCCUGUGUCGUCAUUUUAGUUUCACUCCUCUCAUAUGUCCUGCUGCCGAAACUGGAGUUUUUCCAGUUUUAUCAAGAAAAAAACAAGAAACAGAGAAUGGACGAGAACUCAGUGAAUCUGAUGAGUGAAGACAGGAAACAGGAAGCAGCUUCUGACACUCAAAACAUCUCCAUGAUGAAAAUAUUUAAAAAGCUCUGGCUGCUGGCCCUCUCCGUCUGUUUCACCUUCACCGUCACCAUCGGCACUUUUCCCGCCAUCACGGCCGACACCAGCUCCACGCUGGACAUUGGAGAAUCCUGGGGCCUGUACUUUAUACCUGUCAGCUGUUUCCUGCUCUUUAAUCUGUGUGACUGGAGUGGGAGGAGCUUAACAGCUGUCUGCCUGUGGCCGAAGAAGGACAGUGUGUUACUUCCUGUGUUGAUUGUGUGUCGCGUGGUCUUCGUGCCGCUCUUCAUGCUGUGUAACGUUCAGCCUCGCCUCCACCUGCCUGUCUACUUCCACCAUGACGGCUUCUUCAUCGCCUUCAUGAUCAUCUUCGCCUUCAGUAACGGAUACCUCGCCAGUCUGUGCAUGUGCUACGGUCCAAAGAACGUUCUCCCUCAUGAAGCAGAAACCGCCGGCGCCAUCAUGGCGUUCUUUCUGUCUCUGGGUUUGGCUUUGGGCGCCGGUCUGUCCUUCGUCUUCAGAGCUCUGGUCUGAAACCAUCAGGUCAACUGGGAUUAGGGUUAGGUUAGUGUUGGGUUAAGAUUAUCUUGUUGGGCAGAAAAUGGUCCAUUAAAACAUUUUGUUCAGGUUCACAUUUUCAUUUUGAGCAGUUACAUGUUUUUAUUCUGUUUUAACUUGUAAACCUACAUAAAACUACAUUAUUAUAUUUUGUACUACA